AUGGACAUCCGAAUAGAUCGUAGUUGGAUGUAUAAUAGGCUAAAUCCUGGCCGAAAGGGGUACACAGAAGAGUUUCGAAAUGGGUUAGAUGAAUUUGUGUCAUUUGCACUCCAACAAGAGGGCAUAAUUAAUGAUGAAAUUAGAUGUCCCUGUUCUAAUUGCAAAAACGUCCCUUUGAAACACUUCGAAGAAGUUAAAGUUCAUAUUUUUCAGAAAGGGUUCAAACCUAAUUAUUGGUAUUGGACAUGUCAUGGAGAAAGUAAUCCGGAGUUGCUUGUAGAAAUUAAUAAAGAAAAAUCUGCACAAGAGGCUCAUAGCAACCACCACAGUACUUUUGAGAACAUGAUUUAUGAUGCUGUUGGACUACAACACCAAAUGCAAUUUGAGGAAGAUAUAGAAGAGUCUCCAAAUAUUAGUGACCAGAAGUUUUAUGAUUUACUACAUGCAGCACAUAAGCCAUUAUGGCCUGGAUGCAAUGAUCACACUGAAUUGUCUACAGCUGUUAGAUUGUUGAUGAUUAAGUCAGAGGGGAACAUGUCUCAACGGUCUUUUAAUCAAAUGGUGGCACUUAUGAAAGAGACACAUCCUCCAAACAAUCUUGUUCCUACUGAUUAUUAUAGGACCAAGAAAAUAGUUUCAAAACUUGGUCUCACUGCUGAAAAAAUAGAUUGUUGUGUUAAUGGUUGUAUGUUAUUCUACACCAAUGAAUGUAAACAAUUAAGAGAAUGCAAGUUUUGUAAUGCACCUCGUUAUAAGGAAAAAAAGAAUGGCAGGGAGAAAUGCAAAGAGGUACCUAUGAAGAGAAUGCAUUACUUACCCCUAAUUCCCAGACUUAAGAGAUUAUACGCUUCAAUGAGUUCGGCUCCACAUAUGAGGUGGCACUAUGAAAAUAAACGAGAACCAGGAGUGAUGUGUCAUCCAUCAGAUGGAGAGGCUUGGAAACAUUUUGAUCAGAUUUAUCCCGCCUUUGCUGCUGAAGAGGGAAAUGUAAGAUUGGGAUUAUGCACUGAUGGUUUUAUGCCAUUUAAUCAUACGGCCUCACCUUAUUCAUGUUGGCCGGUUAUUAUUACCCCUUACAAUCUUCCUCCAGAACUAUGCAUGACAACUCCCUACAUGUUUCUCACAUUGAUUAUUCCCGGACCUCAUAAUCCAAAGAACAAGAUAGAUGUUUAUUUGCAACCAUUGAUAGAUGAGCUCAAACUUUUGUGGAAUGAAGGAGUGCUUACAUAUGAUAUUUCCAGGAAAAAGAAUUUUAUAAUGAAAGCUGCAUUAAUGUGGACUAUUAAUGAUUUUCCAGCAUAUGGAAUGUUGUCUGGUUGGAGUACAGCUGGAAAAUUAGCAUGUCCAUAUUGUAUGGAUCAAUCAAACUCUUUUUUCUUGAAGCAUGGUGGAAAGUGUACUUGGUUUGAUUCUCAUCGUCAAUUUUUGCCUACGGAUCAUGCAUUUCGAAGAAAUAAGAAUGCAUUUUAUAAGAAUCGAAUAGAAAAGUCUCGACCUCCAAAACGCCUUACCGAGGAUGAUGUGUGGGAAAUAGUUUCUGAUUUCCCUAAAAUAACUGAGGUCGAUCCUUGUAUAUGUAAUGGGUUUGGUGUGUCCCAUAAUUGGAAAAAACAAAGUAUCUUUUGGGAAUUACCUUAUUGGAAAACCAACUUAAUAAGACAUAAUCUUGAUGUCAUGCAUAUUGAGAAGAAUGUGUUUGAUAAUGUCUUCAAUACAGUGAUGGACAUCAAAGAUAAGACCAAAGACAAUGCUAAGGCAAGAAUGGAUUUGAAAAAGUAUUGUCGAAGAAAGGAGUUAGAGUUACAAACACAAUCUAAUGGAAAAGUUUUAAAGCCUAAAGCAAAAUAUGUUUUGUCAAGUGACCAACAAAAGGUUGUGUAUAAAUGGGUUUCUGAGUUAAAAAUGCCCGAUGGUCAUGCUUCAAAUUUGCAUAGAUGUGUAAACAAAGGUGAAGGGAAGCUUAUUGGAAUGAAAAGUCAUGAUUGCCAUGUAUUUAUGGAGAGAUUGUUACCAAUUGCUUUUAGUGCACUUCCACAUCAAGUAUGGAGUCCUAUAGCCGAGUUAAGCAAAUUUUUCAAGGAUUUGUGCUCAACAACUUUGCGUGUGGAAGAUUUGUUGUUGAUGGAACAAAAUAUAGUGAUUACAACUUGUAAAUUGGAAAAAACAUUUCCACCUGGAUUCUUUAAUUCCAUGGAGCAUGUUCCGAUUCAUCUACCUUAUGAAGCAAGGGUUGGGGGUCCUGUGCAAUACCGUUGGAUGUAUCCAUUUGAGAGGUACUUGAAUAAGUUGAAGCAAAUGGUUAAAAACAAAUCGCAUGUGGAGGGGUCAAUUUGUCGAAAUGAUGAUGGGGGUCAAGAUGAUGUAGUUCAUCAUACUUUAUCAAUUUUUAAUCAUCCUGGUCGCUUAGCUGGAACUCGUAAGAGUCGGUAUUUGGAUGGUAGAGAAUUAUCUGCUGCACAUUUGCAUGUCCUACUAAAUUGCGAAGAAGUCCAACCAUUUAUUGAAUGCUUUGUGCAAUAUUUGGAAGAAAGUCAUCCAAAUAUAUCGCGAACUGUUGUGGAUAGUAGAAUUUCAUCUGAAUUUCCAAGUUGGUUUCGAGCAUAUGUACAUGACAAAAAUAACAUGGUGCAAAAUUUAUAUUUACACCAGUUAGCAUAUGGUCCUAAGAGGAAGGUUCAUACUUGGCCUAUUUAUUUUGUCAAUGGUUUUAAGUUUCAUACAGAAGAAUGGAGUGGUGGAAAGAAAACCAUUAAUUGUGGAGUUUGUGUCAAGGGUGACGAUGAAGGAGUUGAAGAAAAUUAUUAUUAUGGGAAUAUUAAAGAGAUUAUGCAAGUUGAAUACUUGGGAGAACCAACCAAACAAUUAGUUUUAUUUAAUUGUGAGUGGUUUGAUGUUGUUGCCAAUCGUGGCAUGAAGGUUCAACACCAAUAUGGCAUUGUGGAGGUUCAUCAUCGUAGAAGAUAUUCAAAUUAUGAUCCUUUCAUAUUUGCAACAAAUGCUAUUCAAGUUUAUUAUGUACCAUACCCAGGAAAAUUAAAAGAAAAGAUUGAUUGGUGGGUUGCCAUUAAAACCAAACCUAGAGGCAGAGUCGAUGAUCGAUAUACAUUAGAGGUUGCAUAUCAAGAUUCAACAACAACUACAACAAGUGUAGAUUUUUUAGCAAAUGAUGAGCUGCUUGGUCAUUUAAGAGAUGAAGGGGAAUAUGAGGAAAUAGACAUUAGUAUUGAGGAACUAGAAAAAGAACAUGAUGAGAAUGACGAGGAUAACGAGGACGAGUUUGAUUUAGAAAAUGAUUUAGAAAACUCAGAGUAUUAUGAUGUUGACACCAACAAUGAUAUUGAUGAUGAUGGUGAUGAUGAAGAUACAUGGACAUAG